UCAGUCGCUCGCCGACCUCGUAGCGCGACAGUACGAAGGUGCACGCGAAGCCGCCGCGCACGGUCUCUCUCUCUCACUCACUCACUCUCGCUCUGUCUGUCCGCCAGUCGCAGAUACGCAAGCUCGGCCGCGCGCUCCUCUCCGCACGACGGGACAAGUGGGGUGAUCGCGACUCGCCCCCGCGAGUAGCCGCGCUGCCCGUUCCGCGUGCGCGCUCGCGCGCGUUCUAGGUCCCGCGUACGCCCCGCGUCCGCGUCGCCUUCCCCGUCGUCGUGUCCCGUGGCUCCCGCAGGCGGCGCCGGGCGGAGCGCGAGGAGCGUAGGAGCGUACCGCGAGGAGCUCCCAGAGACAGUCGCGAGUGAGCAACCCGCGAGUGGUGCGCGCGCUCGAGGCCCCCGGGGGGAAAAAAAAAGUGCCGGAUGCCCGCGACAGUUCCCUCCCGUUCCCUUCUGUGAUAACCCGACGAUAGCGCGCGGUCGGCGCGAGCAAGUAACCGAGUAACAGUCCGCGUCUCACGUGCCCGCACGUGCGCCGCGGCGAGUCUCGUCCCGUCUCGUCUCAACCUCGUCGUCUCACACCUCCGCGCCGUGUCGCGCGCGCGGAUGCCGCCCGCCGCGACCUGAUUACACGCGCGCCGCGUGCCGGGCGUGCGUGCGUGCGUGAGCGAGCGCGCGCCGCAUCUCGGCGGCCGAUGAACAAGCCGGUGGGAUGGUUUGUGCCCGGUCGGACCGUGACAGCGAGUGAUAAUUAGCCCGGCGGCAGCCCGGCAAAGGAUUUCUGUGCCGACGAGGGAGACCGCAGACGCCCACGGGGAGACGAAACAGCGGCCAGCGAUCGAGAAGCCAUCAGUAGACCCGAGAGCGUGUUAUGAAAUUGCUGCCAAUUCAGAUAUCGCAGCUACCGUCGGUUUCCGCUGCGGCCGGAAUGACCGGAAUGGAGCCUCGGCUGCCUCCCGGUAUAUCCCUGCCUUUCGGUACAGAUUGGGUCUGGAGGGCCCAGUAUGGGCCUUCGAUGGGUUUCCCGCCUACGACACACCCACCGUCCAAUCCCCUUUUGGACUUCAAAACACAUCUACCAACGAGCCUGGUGUCCGACCCUAGACUGUGGUCGCGGGAGGACGUAGCGGCGUUCCUGCGGUGGGCCGAAAGGGAAUUCGACCUGCCGCCGUUCGACAUGGACGUGUUCCAGAUGAACGGCAAGGCCCUGUGUCUGUUGACCAAGGCCGAUAUGGGCGAGAGGUGUCCGAGCGCCGGCGACGUGCUGCACAACGUGCUGACCAUGCUGGUGCGCGAUUACAGUCAGCUACAGAGAUGCCUGCCGAGCAGCCCGGUGACACCUACCAGACCGUCCAUGUAUCCGCAGAGUCCGCACUCGCAUCCGCCUACGCCAACGUGGACGGAGACGCAGCCGUACGCCUCGAAUCUCGCCUCGUUGAUGUCGGCGAAUUCGGUGACGCUGUCGCCGGCGCCGUCCGUGGACAGUCAGUCGGGCUCGCCCAGCCACGCGACCGACGCGAACCAGACGCAGGUCUACAAGGUCUACAAGAGCGACUCGGACGAGGACAACACUCAUCAGGUGUCGAGCGGCAACAGCAGCCCGCCGGCUACGCCGACCGCCCUGACGGCGCAGAGGCUCAGCGAGGUGAGCGUCAAGGACCAACCGAGCCCGACGUUACCGCAUCAAUUGAUGCCGCUGACGCCCGGUGCCUUCCGCUCGGCCGCCGGCGCGCCCAGAGAGUUCUUCCCCAGCGACUCGUCAGAGCCCAACACGAACGGAAGACUGCUCUGGGACUUCCUUCAGCAAUUGCUGAACGACCCCGCGCAACGGUACCAGCAUUACAUCUCGUGGAAAAGUCGGGAAACCGGCGUCUUCAAGAUCGUCGAUCCGCCUGGUCUGGCGCGACUCUGGGGCAUCCAGAAGAAUCAUCUCUCUAUGAAUUACGAUAAAAUGAGUAGAGCUCUGCGUUAUUACUACCGUGUCAACAUACUUAGAAAAGUCCAAGGCGAACGACACUGUUAUCAAUUCCUGCGUAAUUCGGUCGAGUUGAAGAACAUCAAGAACAUAUCAUCGCUACGCCAUCAGAUGCGAAUAAAGUCGGAGCCGGAGGAGGAGAGGGCUCUCGCCGGAAGUCCCGAAGCGGAACCGGAAGCGGACAUGCCGACGGACCUCUCGAUGUCCAGUAUGAGCCAGCCGUCGAGCGAACAGCAGCAGCCCCUGUCGUUGCACGACCCACCUGCCAAGUACAGAAGUCACGCGUAUAAUCUCGUUAAGACCGAACAGGAGCAGGAAGAGAGGAAGUGACGCGGGACCUAGCGAUGGUAGGAACGCAAUGAUCGUGCGUAAUCAUUAAUCACACCACAGCGGUCUGGGAGCCGGCGGCAAAGUGACCUCGACCUAAGAAGGGAUCCACAUUGGCAGCAGGUCGAUGGGUGACGGAAUGAAAUUGGAGAUCGAUCAAACCAGCAUCUACUCCGUCUGGUUCACGGGAAAGUGGUAUCAUCUGCAUGAAGCAUACGUGAAGAUCUUCAAGACGGAGAAAGGCGGAGCCCGAAAAAUCUAAUUCAUCGACGAAGUUCGGGAAGAUGCAAUAACGAAGAUUAGAUCUAAUCUCGGAAGUGGUUAGUUGACGCAGAGAAAUAUGCCAUGACGGCUUGAGAGUUUGUCGAAUGCAGUCAUUAAUAAAUGGUAGGGCGCUCGAACAUGUUAUGAGACUUUCGGCGAACAAUCGUCAAAAUGGAAGAAGACACAAGCGAACAUUUACGUUUAUUCAAUUCACAGAGGCACAUUAACGCUCUAGGGAGAUGAGGGUUUCUUUCAAGAUCGAGAAAUUAAAUUUGACGCCCUUUGUGCCCAGCCUCUAUGUGUUUGUCGGGGAUUUAAAGUUGCAAUCGCGCAGAAUCCUUCCCCAUUUUCGUCGUUACGUGUAAGAGUGCGAUAAGAAGUACAAGAGAGUAUCCCACUCGCGGAGCAAAUCGGACAACGAUUUGCCCCGCUCCCCCCCACCUCUUCGCCCUCACGUAGAUUUGUGUUGAGUGCCGAUAAUGACAGAUGCUUCGAUGUGAAGCUGAAUCUUCGCGGAUAUUCCGCCCUAUCCCUCUCCACACUCCCUCCUCGUAACGGGACAAACCAUCCGUACAGGGCAAUUUCCCUUCCACUUUUACAACGACGAGAUGUGUAUGAGACGUCUUGGGUGCACUUAAAGAACAUACACACGACGAUACAAUGUACAAAGAAUGCCAGGAGAACUGUUACCAGGUCUUUCCUUCCUUACACGUUUCUCUUUUCUCCUUUCCUUUCUCUCUUAAUCUUAAGUAUAUACUCUGUGAUGUACUAUUUUUUUUUUGCUGAAAGGUAGUUCGUGAAUAAGGUCAAUUCCAAAGAGAGAUUCUACUUGAUUUGAGACAUUCAGUAUAAAUGCAUCACAGAACAAUUGCGUUAUUAACGUUUCCAUGGUUUUCGAAGUGCAAAGAGCUUGACAAAAUCUUUUCACGACAGUUCAAUAGUUGUGUACAUCUAUGACGUAGAUCGGAUUCGAGAAGAAGGAUUUAACUGGAUUUUCUCAGGCUCUUACUGUAUAUGCGCCGAAACGGUUCUCCGUUACUUUCAUGUAUUUGUGCCAAGAACAUUUGCCGUUUAAUAAGAGAGAGCGUUUGUAUUUAGUCGACUGUUCCAAAAACACCUCGGUAUAUCACGAUUUUGGAACCAAUAUUGCAUCCUUUGUGCUCGAUGUACGCGUUGUAUCAAGGACGCGCCAUAAUCGAGUGUCGUAUAAUCAAUUAUGCGUUGUAGCAACUGUAUAUAAACCGAAUUAAUGAACUGAACUAUUGAAUUGUAGAAUGCGAAUGAGAACCCUAAGAUGAAUAUUAGGAGAGUAGUGCAAGAAUUUUAACGGAAUUUCGGGGCCAGAGUUAGAAUAUAUAAAUUUAUCUAUAGAACAAAAAAAUAUAUAUAUACAUAUAUUUUACUAUCAAAAUUUAUAUUCGAAAUUUCUAUAUUUGUUGCAUGUGUGAUUGUGGCUUACAUUCCACGACUCUUUAUCCAAGGUUUGUCCGCGUGAUAAACCACGAAAGUUCGCGAGAGAGAGAGAGAGAUAGAGAAAAUGUGAGGUAACAAGACGCAUAUACAAUUAGGAGGCAGAUUUUAAGGAGAUUGCUAAUUGUAUUUUUGCACUUGAAAUUAUAAAAUUGAAAAUAUAAAGCCCGAGAGAUGUAAAGUUGAGAAAAAUACGAGAGAAUCGAAGUGUGAGUGCGAGCGAAAGAGAGAACGAGAGAAUGAAUGAGGUAUGAUAUAAAAUGACAUAUUGGAAUAUAUAUCUGGCUUCUUGUAUACUGUGAUCUCUAUACUACAUAUAAUGCAGAUAAAGUAUAUAUAAUUGAAUAGGGAUUAUUUAGAUAAAGUGCGUGUCAUCAUCAUGUUACACACAUUAGAUAAAACGUUCUAUCUAAAGAUUGCGUGAUGUUAUCAAGGUAAGAUAUAUAUGUAUAUAUCUAUCUAUCUAUAAUGAUACACAUGUAUGAUACAUUCACCUAUAUAUACAUGUGUAAAACAUGUGUAUGUAUAUGUACACAUCUAUUAUAUUAAACAUACGUAUAUCAUU